CCCACAAUGUCCAUCUCACCACUCACAACACUGCAGCUCAGUCCCUCCCUUUUUCUCAAUGCCUUCACUCUGCUGAUUCUCUGUUACAUAUAUACAAAGAAGUUCGCACCGUUCUACUAUUUAUUUCACGCAGUUUCUCUUCGCUUUUGCUUUUUUUUGGGGGAUAUGUAAAAGCAAAAGAUUGCCUCAAAACAAAACACUUCUCUAGUAGAAGCUCUCUGUUUCUAUUCUCCCUUCAUUGAUUUAAAGUAUUUUCCAGUUUUAAUCUUUCAUUCUAUGGUUUGGGUUUCUGUAGUUUAAUCUGUAUAUCGAUUUUCUUGUUUUAUUUUUAUUGCUAUUGUGUAUGAUUUUGGAUCUAAUAUGGGCGCCUAGGGCUUUUCAUCUGUAAACCAAGAUCUGCCUUGUUUUAGCUACUGUUUCUUGAAUUUUCCCGGGGUUUUGGGAAGGCGCUUUUUUUUUUUUUUGCAUUCCCCGGUUAAAUCGUAAUUGAAGAUAAAUGCUUUCUUGAUUUGAUACUUCUUCUUUGGUUCUCUUUGAGCAUUUCAACCAAAGUCCAGUUUUUUUUUUUUUCCUUUGGUGCGGAAAUUUGGCGGUUAAGAAAAGAAAAGAUGAUGAUGAACCGGGGACUUGAAGUUCUCUCUCCAGCCUCUUACUCACAGGCUUCAAAUUGGUUGUUUGAAGAUAGCGAAGGUACAAAAUGGAGUCCUGAAGAGAACAAGUGUUUCGAAAAUGCUCUGGCUUUAUAUGAUAAAGACACUCCUGACCGAUGGUUUAAGGUGGCAGCUAUGGUUCCUGGAAAAACAGUUGGAGAUGUCAUCCAACAGUACAGAGAAUUGGUGGAGGAUGUAAGUGAUAUAGAGGCCGGGUUGAUCCCAAUUCCUGGCUAUACCACUGAUUCUCUUACAUUGGAUUGGGUUAAUGAUAGUGAGGGCUUUGAUGACUAUUACACUCCUGGUGGAAAAAGAGGGCCAGCCACUCGACCUUCUGAGCAUGAAAGGAAGAAAGGGGUGCCAUGGACUGAAGAAGAACACAGACAAUUUCUAAUGGGUCUUAAAAAGUAUGGUAAAGGGGAUUGGAGAAAUAUUUCACGCAAUUUCGUGAUGACCAGAACACCAACUCAGGUGGCAAGCCAUGCUCAAAAAUACUUCAUCAGACAGCUGACAGGUGGGAAGGAUAAGAAGAGGACCAGUAUCCAUGAUAUCACCACAGUUAACAUCCCUGAUACACCCUCUUCUUCACUAGAUAAUGGCAAGCCUUUGUCUUCAAACAAUUCUUCUGCAGUCAUACAGUCACAGCAGCAAUCAAAAGAGCCCGGGGUAACAACUAAAGGGCCCUUUGAUUUUGAGUGGAAGCAACAUAAUGAAGGAGCUGCAGCUAUGAUUUUCUACCAGACGAGUAGUGGCAAUGCCUUACCGUCUCCUUUGUGUGGGAUUUCUUCACAUGUAACCAAGCUAGAGGAACAAUAUUUGCUAAAAGGAACUCUUCCGAGAUCUCAGUUUGGAUCUUAUAAUACCUCUUUCCAGAUGCAGUCAAUGCAACAUCAGUAAAUACAACGGAGAAGCAGGAAGAGUUCUCUGAAGGUAUUAUUAUAAAUUAAUGAUAUGAAGAUCCGGCCAAACAGUGGUUCAGCUAGCAUUUUUCAUGCCAUAUGUGUAUAUCUUGAAGAUGCAAAUUAGUCCAUAGUUAUCACUCUAAAGAGUGGUCCGGUAGCUGGUAGGUGGUUUUUGUGAUUUGUCAUUCAAAUGCUGGACCACUUAACCAAAAAACUUUUGGGGCUUUUACUAACUCUAGUCGUGUUGGCUGCCUGCAUUAUCUGCCUGUUGUCACUAGUUAUUUUUAGACUGGUUUCAAGUGUGCUAUAGAUGCUGUCACGAGGGCCAGUGUCUCUGCAAAAUGACAGACUGUACAACAAAGGCCUAAAAUUUAAUAAUGGACUCCAAUAAUUCAUGUUUCCUUGCUUCAACUGUGAAU